AUGGAGAGCGGGGGCACUACUCUCGCCGCGCCCACUCUCUCCACGCCCACCAUCACCAGCGAACCCCUCGCCAAAGCCAUUGACACAAGUGCCCUGGCUGAGAGAGCCAUGGCGCCGCCUCCCACCUAUGUGACCUACCAGGCAUCAUUCGAGCCGUUCACGACCGACCAGUACAUGUUUCCCGAACAAGACUCGUGGAGCCUUACCGACCUUGAGAGAUUUCAGGUCGAUAAUCUCGUCUUCGAGGACAUCAAGAUCUCCGAGAGCAUGUACUCCCCUUCUCUGGUAACGCUUACACCUUACCCAGGCUCAACCACACCCACAUACCGAGCAGUCAACGGUGGUGGUUCUCCGAGUUCCUUCCUCGCGUCGUCUAUGUGCGUCUCCUCCGUCCGUGCUAACCAACCGCAGGAGUGGUGUUUCUGGUUUGACCGAUCCGUGACGAGUGAGGAAGUCGAUGCCCGCAUGAGCAACCUCAUGACCGCCAUGCUGUACCAGUUUCACUACCACAUUCUCGAUACCGUCAGUGGCGUGCGCUUCAGCGUCAUGGACCUGCUCCAGAGCGUGCGCGCUACCUUGUCCAUCUACUACCCCGUCCUGAUGACCCUCGGCACCCACCUCACCGCCGUUCCUUCCUUAGUCUAUAACUCUGACCCAACAGAGUACCGUGACCUUCUCUCCACCACCAUCUGCGCGCCCAAUGCGCAGGCAGGUACAGCAACCCCGAUUAGCCCAGUUCAAAGGACGCAACAGGAGGCAAUUGACCGCCUCGUACAGGAGCUCGUCAACGCGCGCGGGCCCCGCGGCGACGCGCUCGUCUGGGGCACAAAGCCAUGGAGCAUGAGCUCGCACCUGAACGUCUCCAGGCCCGGCGUUGAGGCAGCGUGUGCGCAGACGCCAGCGUCGGUGCUACGCGGUCGGCCAUGGCAUAUUCUCCGCUCCCGACUUGGGGACGCAGGGUUUCACCACCUCUUCCUCUCCACCAGUCUUUUCCUUCCUCUCGGCAAUAACUGUUACAUGCAGUUGAACGGGGCACCACUCAGCGAGAUGAAGGAGCUGGGAAAGAAGCGGCCGGCAGAAGGAGGCGAGGCUGACGCGAAACGCGUGCGUCCUAACCCCAAGAAGGCGUCACCAGCUAGUGUCACACUGUGCCGACAGCGCAUCUUCUACGGGCGCCCGCAGCUCAACUCGCGAGGCAAGAUUGCCCACGGACUCCCGCGGGAUCACAUCCUCAACAGGCUACGGCCCAAGGCGCUGCCGUCGGAUGAAGAAUGCGAGGCACUGCUGUGCGUCAUUUUCGAUUCCAAGGCGCCAGGCGGAUCAGGCGCGCGAGGAAGCCUGGCGCGGCGGGCUACCAUGGUCGGCGCGAUGCGUGAGAUUCUCGCGCGCCAAUCCCGCAUUGCGCACGGAGCGAUCCUGUCCAGGUGUCUCGAUCGCACGACAGCACUAGGUCUCGAUGGAGACAGUACUCCUCCAGAGCUGGCUCCGGUGCCACAUACACAAGUAUGCAGGUAUCUGGAUGCGGUGCUGCGCUCUGCAUUCCCUGCCAAGUUUGUCGGCGCCCAUAACUUUGGAGUCAUCCUGAAGAACAUGCGGAGGCUUGUGACGUUGAACCAGAACGAGCUCAUCACCGUCCACUCCCUCAUGCAGGGCGUGCGUGUGAACGAGCUCGAGUGGCUGUGCGUCAAGCAGCAGUCUCGAGUACCCGCAAGUGAAGCCUCGAAGCGACGUGAGCUGGCCACGCAGUUCAUACACUGGCUCUUCAACAAUUACCUUAUCCCCUUGCUCAAGUCAACAUUCUAUGCCACCGAGACGCCGACUACAGGUUACGGUACUGUUUAUUUCCACCAUGCAGCUUGGGCCAACGCGAGCGUCCCUCACCUCAACAUGCUUGUCGCAACGGUUCUGGAAGAGCUUGGGCCGACGGAGACCGAGGAAGCACUCACUGGCCAACUGGGUGCUGCGUCAGUGCGCUUCAUCCCUAAGCCGAAUGGGCGUUUCCGGCCGAUCGUCAACCUUGGCAAGCGUGUCACAAGCCUCGGCACGCGCAUUGGAACGGGUGCGAGUACACUACCGUCUGCGAACGAGGUGCUCAAGAACGUCCAGCACAUCUUGGCCUUUGAGAUGCAUCGACAGCGCGACGACCUUGGUGGUGUUCUCUUCGGGACAAACGAGAUCUUCCCUCUUCUUCAGAGCCUCAAGAAGGAGCUCAUGGACGAACGCGGGCAAUUGCCUCGGCUCUACUUUGCCAAGAUGGACAUGCAGUCGGCAUUCGACACAGUCAAGCAGGGCAAGCUGCUCGAGGUUAUGGAGUAUAUUCUCGAAAAGAACCACGAAUACGCCCUCGCCUUGCACUGCAUCCUCCUUCCACCUGCCAGCAAGGUAUCUCAGGGAAUCCCCCGCAAGCUGUUCAAGACGCGAGCCGCCGCCACACAGGCCGCUCAGUCCCAGUACGGCCACCAAGCCAAAGAGAUGGCAGAGACCAUGCGCAACGCCGUCGUUGCUGACCUGCUGCGCCCGCGUGAGGUGACUCGCACCGAGUGCAUGGAUUUGCUCCGCUCUCAUGUCGGGAACAACAUCUGGCAGUACGGCAACAAGCUGUACCGGCAGAAGGUUGGUAUUCCACAAGGCUCAUGCCUCAGCAGCCUGCUCUGCAGCUUCUUCUACUCGUGGCUCGCAGGCGACUAUCUUGGAUGGACGCGGCGCCGAGGGACACGACUGCUCCGGUACAUCGACGACUUCCUUCUUGUCACUGACGACUACUACCUUGCGCGUCGAUUUGUUACCACCAUGUCCUGCGGGUUUCCUGAAUACGGCGCACACAUUUCGCCGUCGAAAACGGUGCUGUCGUUCGAGCUAGCUCACAAUGGGCAAGCUCUGCCUGUUAUCUCGUUGAGCAAGCUUACUCCAGAUCUACCGUUCUGUGGCUUCCUGAUUGACACGAAGACCCUCGACUUCUCUAUUGACCCGGACCGCAUGCUAUCAGCACCGAUCAGGCAGUCGUUUGCCCUGCGCAAAGUGCGCGAGCCUGGCGCCUCCUUCGUAGGCUGGCUCAACCGACAGUUGCAGAACCGCAAUCAAGUCGAUACGCAUCACAACUCUCUCCAGACGGUCUAUCUGAACGUCUUUAUCAACUUCGCCCUCACGGCCAUGAAGAUCCCCCACUACUUUACCGGCAGCCUUGACGCCAGGCGCGCAGCCCUGGUAUUUGGGUGGCUGGUGAUGGCAGGCGAGUACACGUAUACAGCGGGACGGGCACGUGUACAGCACGCUGCUCGCAAGGACAGUGCCGAGCACUACGCGAUCCGCCGACAUGCGUUCAUGUUCAUGGCCCUAAGCGCAUAUCGUCUCGUCCUCGUUCGCAAGGCGUCACGCUUCCACCGUGUCGUCGACCUUCUUGUGCGCGAGCUCGAGGGGAAGUACCGCGCCGAAGCAGACCUGGAUGUGGCCGCAGUGCGGGGAUGGGCGAUUGUCAAGAACGCCAAGUUCUAA